AUGACGUCGCCUCCGGGGGAAAAAGUAGAAAAUGAACUAGGUAUUAUAUGGCCUACACAUAUCACACGGAGGCUAGAUUCAGAUUUCAAGCGAAGGUUGAUCAAGGCUCUUACAAAGCCAGUUGCUCCGAAGGAGUAUUAUAGAUUGUUUGAGACAGUUACUAUCCGUACUCCGUUGAUCAAGCUGCGGCAGGACUACAAUGAAACAAAAUUAUAUCCUGUGGAAGAGAUGGACAAUUCAUAUUUGGACUAUUACCCCGAUCUGGCCGACCAAAUUAUGAAAAGUGGCCAUCGCAAUGGUCUAGCUCUGAUGCGUGGGUUUCUCUUCUGGUUGCAGAACAAUGUACAUGAAGAUCAGUUCAAACCAUGGGUAGAUGAUUCUAAAGAACAGGAGGUUAUUUGUUUGGUGGACUGA